UCAUCUUGACCAAGUCUUGACAGUUGCAAUUUGGAAAUGCAAAUACAAUUACCAUUUACCGCAAAAAUUAAUGGGAAUGGGACUUACGAAAACAAAUACAAGAUUACAUUUAAGCAUGUUAUUGUGAUCCUUUAUUAAUUAUUUGUUGCAAAAUAAUCAUAAUAAAUAAACGCAAAUGGCUCUUUUCCCAGCUUAUACAUCUCAAGAAGUGGAAAAUAUAAAUAUUGAAGACGCAGAACAAUUAGCAAGAAUAGAUUAUCAAGCAGAGUCUACAGAAUCGCAGUUGUUAGCCAGUGAUUCAGAAGAUGAUAAAGCAAGGGAAAAUCUAUCGAAUGCUUCCAAAAUUAUCCAUCAAGUUCAAAGCAACGAAGAGUUCUACAUCGAUCGUAAGCUAGACCGCGGGAAUCUACGGGUUUCUACUCUUUACUAUCCUGGGAGACCUCAAUACGAAUGCGUCAGGCCGCGUUCUAUGGGCGCGGUGCGCGAUCGCAAGAGACGCUACUACGCACGACGCGCGACGGACGCGCCAGACGCGCCCGCCGUCGCCGAGCGCGUGUCGGCCUACCACCUGCUCGUGGCGCGGGACCCGCAGGACGUCUUACUCUGGGAACGCUUUAUCGAUUUUCAGGAGGUGUGCGGCGGCGCCGACGCGGCGCUGGAGACGGCGAGCGAGGCGGCGGAGCGCGCGCCGCACUCGGGCCGCCUGCGCGCGCGCCGCCUGAGCGCGCUGCGGGCCGCGCUGUCGCCGCACGCGUACCUCGAGCGCCUGCGCGACAUGCUGGCCGCGGAAAAGUCGGUGGACGUGCGGAUCGAGCUAUGGGAGCAUCUCCUGAGAGCGUUGGCGGCCGCGCCCGGCGGCGACCCCGCGCAGCUCACCGCCGCCGCCUGCGCCGCGCUCGCCGACACCCGCGCGCUGCCGCAGGCCUACCCGCGCAUCUUCUACUGCGUCGGGUCCUAUCUGCGCGCCGGCGGGCUCUGGGAGAGGCUCGUCAUGUCCGUCGAGCUCGUGGUCGCCAUGAACUACGCGUCCGCGGCCUUUCCGCCGCCCGACGACCCGGAUCUCCGCGAGCGCUCCGAGCGGCGACUGCGCGAUCUCGAGGACAAAGUCGCGGCCAGCGGGCUGCCGCUGAGCACGAGGUGGGUGCGCGUGGAGCGCGCGCGCGCCGCCGCGCACUGGCGCCCCGCGCCGCCCGCCGCGCGCUCGCCCGACCCGCAGCGCACGCCGCUGCCGCACGACGUGGCCGACCUGCUGCUGCCCGUCGCCGCCGACGACGAGCUGCUGCAGCUCUCCGUGCGCCUGCUGCUGCUCGCUAAGGUGCCGCUGUUACCGGGCACGCAGUGGGCGGCGCGCUGGGCGGGCGACGCGGCGGCGGACGGCGGCGAGGCGCUGCUGCCGCUGCUGCGCGAGGCGCACUCGCUUCCCGCCGCGCACCCCGCGCGCGUCCCGCCCGAGCUCGCUCGUCGUCUGCUGGCGCUCCUGCUGGACCCGCCGCACUACUUCUCGGACGACACGGGUUACCUGAGCUGGGUGAACGCCCUGUGGGAGACGUGCUGCGCGCGGGCGCGCGGCUGGGUGCGGGCGGCGCUCGUGUGCUGGCGCCUGCGCUGGCUGCACGCGCUGCUGCUGGCGGCGGGCGGCGAGGCCGAGGCGCGCGCGGAGGCGGCGCGGAUCCGCAGCGAGGCGCGCGCGCUGCUGCGCCGCCUCGACUGCGCCUCGCCGCUGCCCUUCGCAGAGUUCGCGCGCGUCGAGCUGCUGGCGGCGGGGCGGGAGGCCGCGCUGCGCGUGGCGGGCCGCGCCCUGCGCGCCGCGCUGCUCGACGCCGCCUGCCCGCCGCACCACGCGCUCUACGUCGCCAGAACCGUGUGCGAGGUCAGUGCGACGAACGACGGAGGGCAGCCGAGUGAGGAGGGAGCGUGUGCGCUCGUCUGUGCCGUCCUCGGUCGUGCGCCUCCGUCCCGGCUCGUGGCACCGUCGCCGGAAGACCUCGACGCCGCGCUGCAGACGUGCGAGAGGCAGUGCGCGUCGGUGGAGAGCGAGGCGGCGGCGGGCGAGGGUGCGGAGGGUGCGGAGGGCUCGGAGGGUGCGAGUGCGGCGCUGCUGCCGGGCGCGGGCGAGUGGGCGCGCGCGCGGGCGCUGCUGGCGCCGCCGCCGCGCCGUGCCGAGCUUCUGCGGGCCGUACGCGACGCCUCGCUGCGAGCGGCGGCGCAGGGGCGCGGGGACGCCAGCCGCUACUGCGAGGAGAGCGCGUGCGCGUUGACGGCGGCGGCGGCGGCCGAGGGUCGCGCGGCGGUCACUGCGCGUCUUCUGUCUCCGCUGUUCCCCGACAACGCUUAUCUCGCUCUCGCCAGCGCGGGUGCGCCGCUCUGGGCGCGCGGCGAGCAGUCGCACGAGGAGCGUCUGCGCGCGCUGACGCCGCGGAGCGACGUGGGCGCCGUGGCGUCGCUGCUGCCCGCGCUGCUGGCCGCGCUGCGAGCCGACUUCGCGCCGCUCGGUGAGUACCGGCCGCGACGGCGACACGGGUCCCGAGGUGCUCGCUAACUAGCUGUCGGUACAGAGGCGCAGCGGGCGGCGC